CUCCGGGCCAGUCUAGACUGCAGCCGCCGUCUCCGCGUCUACCCCAAACCCAGACUCCAGCCGUGACCUCCGCGCCCCCGGGAAUCCAGCUGUCGCGCCGCUGGCCGCAGGUGCAGCAGCCGCCCCGCGCCGCGCGCCCCGAGUGCGGCCGGGCCUCGGCGGGGAGAUGAACGCACAGCUGGACGGCCUGUCGGUGAGCUCGUCCUCCACCGGCUCGCUGGGCUCGGCGGCGGCGGCGGGCGGCGGCGGGGGCGCGGGGCUGCGGCUGCUGUCUGCCAACGUGCGCCAGCUGCACCAGGCGCUCACGGCGCUGCUGAGCGAGCCCGAGCGGGAGCAGUUCACUCACUGCCUCAACGCGUACCACGCGCGCCGCAACGUCUUCGACCUGGUGCGCACCCUGCGCGUCCUGCUGGACAGCCCGGUCAAGCGGCGUCUGCUGCCCAUGCUGCGUCUGGUCAUCCCGCGCUCCGACCAGCUGCUCUUCGACCAGUACACGGCCGAGGGCCUCUACCUGCCCGCCACCACCCCCUAUAGGCAGCCCGCCUGGGCCGCUCCCGACGGCGCGGGGCCCGGGGAGGUGCGGCUCGUGAGCCUGCGACGCGCCAAGGCCCACGAGGGCUUGGGCUUCAGCAUCCGCGGGGGCUCAGAGCACGGCGUGGGCAUCUACGUGUCUCUAGUGGAGCCAGGCUCCCUGGCAGAGAAGGAAGGGUUACGGGUCGGGGACCAGAUUCUGCGCGUCAACGAUAAAUCUCUAGCCCGGGUGACCCACGCGGAGGCUGUCAAGGCUCUCAAGGGCUCCAAGAAGUUGGUGCUGUCUGUAUACUCAGCUGGGCGUAUCCCCGGGGGCUAUGUCACCAACCACAUCUACACCUGGGUGGACCCCCAGGGUCGAAGCACAUCCCCUCCCUCCAGCCUUCCCCAUGGCAGCACCCUGAGACAGCAUGAAGAUGAUCGAAGGAGUGCCCUACACCUCCUGCAGAGUGGAGAUGAGAAAAAGGUGAACCUGGUGCUGGGGGACGGCCGGUCCUUGGGCCUCACAAUCCGAGGUGGAGCCGAGUACGGCCUUGGCAUUUACAUCACUGGUGUGGACCCGGGCUCUGAAGCCGAAAGCAGCGGCCUCAAGGUUGGGGACCAGAUUCUGGAGGUGAACGGGCGGAGCUUUCUCAGCAUCCUGCAUGACGAGGCAGUGAAGCUGCUCAAGUCAUCCCGGCACCUCAUCCUGACCGUGAAGGACGUCGGGAGGUUGCCCCACGCACGUACCACCGUGGACCAGACCAAGUGGAUCGCCAGUUCCCGGAUCGGGGAAAGCAUCACCAACUCAGCAGGGUUUCCAGGGGACCUCACAGAAGAAGGGACAAACAAGCCAGGAUUUUACAAGGGCCCAGCCGGCUCCCAAGUGACCCUGAGCAGCCUGGGGAAUCAGACACGUGCACUGCUGGAUGACCAAGCCCGGCACCUGCUGACAGAGCAGGAGCGAGCCACCAUGAUGUACUACCUAGACCAGUACCGUGGUGGCGCCAUCUCUGUGGAGGCGCUGGUCAUGGCGCUGUUUGAGUUGCUCAACACACAUGCCAAGUUCUCACUCCUGUCUGAGGUGAGAGGCAUCAUCUCACCCCAAGACCUGGACCGCUUCGACCACCUGGUGCUGAGGCGUGAGAUCGAGUCCAUGAAGGCGCGGCAGCCCCCAGGCCCUGGUGUCGGAGACACCUAUUCCAUGGUAUCCUACAGUGACACUGGCUCAUCCACAGGCAGCCAUGGCACCUCUACAACUGUCAGCUCGGCCAGGGAGCGGCUGCUGUGGCUCAUAGACCUGAUGGAGAAUACAUUAGACCUGGAGGGAACCGGUGAGACUACCCAAGGCAGCACCAACGCUCUCCCGGAUGUGUCUGUGGACGAUGUCAGAUCUCCCUCGGAGGAUCUGCCUGGCGUCAAGCCACCUCCUCCCCCACCACCUCUGGCUCAAGGUCACGACCGCCUGCUUGGCCAGACUCGGAAGCCAGUGAGGGAGGACUCUGCACCUCUGUCUUCCGCUGCCCACUCAGGCAUUGUCUUCUCAGCACCACGGAAUCGCAGCCCGCCGCCGCCGGGCAUUGCACCCACACCCACUCCAGGACCUUCCUCAGCACGGGACUCUCCCUCCUCCCCCAUUUACGCCUCCAUCUCCCAUGCCAACCCCAGCUCCAGGAAACCGCUGGACACCCACCUGGCCCUGGUUAACCAGCACCCCAUCGGCCCCUUCCCUCGGGUCCAGUCCCCACCACACCUGAAGAGUCCUCCUGCAGAGACUCCAGGAGCUGGGGCCUGCCUUCCACCGCCAUCACCCUCUGAACACGCUGACGCUGUGGGCGCAAACCAGCACUUUGUCCUGGUGGAGGUGCACCGUCCAGAUAGUGAGCCGGAUGUGAAUGAAGUGCGGGCUCUCCCCCAGACUCGCACAGCCUCCACACUCUCUCAGCUCUCAGACAGCGGGCAGACUCUAAGUGAGGACAGUGGCGUGGAUGCUGGAGAGACAGAGGCCAGCACCUCAGGUCGAGGCAGACAGACAGCAAACACUAAGAACAAGAAUGGCAAGGAGCUUCCCCAGACAGAGAGGACCACAGAGGGUGCCAACAAACCUCCUGGCCUGCUGGAGCCAACGUCCACCCUGAUCCGUGUGAGGAAGAGCGCAGCCACACUGGGCAUCGCCAUUGAGGGUGGUGCCAACACACGCCAGCCUCUGCCCAGGAUCGUCACAAUUCAGCGAGGAGGUUCUGCCCAUAACUGUGGGCAGCUCAAGGUGGGCCACGUGAUCCUGGAAGUGAACGGGCAGACACUUCGGGGUAAGGAGCACAGAGAGGCCGCCCGAAUCAUCGCUGAGGCCUUCAAGACCAAGGAGAGAGACUACAUCGACUUUCUGGUCACUGAGUUCAACGUGAUGCUCUAGGGGUGGGGCCAAGGUCAGGGCUAUCAGCCAGGGUCACAGGCAGAGUCCCCACCCCACCCUGACACAUACACCCUGCCUGGUCCCCUGGCCCAGACUAGGAGAAAAAGCGCCAGACAAGGCAAGCAGAGAGUCAGGUCAAAACCUGUGUGCCAGAAACACAGUAGGAGCUCAAUAAAACGACAUUAGGUGACAGGAAGGAAGGCAGAGCACAUUUCUCUAGGCUGGAUAGGGGUGCUGCUGCCCCAGAUGCCUAGGUCUUUGGCUGUGAGGACACAGGAGAGUUCACAGACUGCUUCCUGCCAGGGGGACCUUCAGUGCCACAAAUGAGCCGCCAGCACGCCUGUUCACACCAGUCGCACCCCCUUCCUCUUGGCUCCGUGCCCCCUAUGGUAUUUAUUUAUUUAUUUCCCUUCCUGUGCUUCAGGAGACCCCAGGCCCCAGCUUCCCUUUGCACCCCAACCUAUCCCAGAGGCCUUGCAGGCGACCAGCAAUGUCAGUGUAUUUAUAUACAGAGCUUAUGACUUUAAUUUUUCAAUAAAGAAAUCUGAACAAGGUUA